CGCGAAUUCGUAUGCCACGCCGCCGAUCAUGGCGAAGGACGACACAAAGCGGAGAAAGCGGGGCGACGAGGACGGCGAGAGCGACGGAGAGAGGGACGGGAAGAGGAGGCGAGGCGAUGGGGGAGGGAGGGAGCGACGGGAGAAGGAGCGAAGAGGAGGGCGACGGGAGAAAGGCGAGAGACGACGGAAACGACAUAAGAAGCGACGGUCUCUAAGCGACGCAGAUUCCUCGAGCCCUGAUUGGUCGGGCUCCAGCAGGAAUAGCAGCGGUAGCGAGAGGGAUGGCAGCAGCGAUGCGGAUUCUGGUUCGUCGUCAGAUGACCAUAGUAAGAGCCGUGAGAGGCGGCGGGAGAAGCGGGAGAAGCGCGAGAAGCGGGGGAGGGAGAAGGAGAAGCGGAGAGGGAAGGAGAGGCGGAAAGAAAAGGAGCGGGAAGCGGAAGGUGGUUCGGCAGAGGAGCUUCUGGAGCGCGAUUUGCGGCGGAUGAUGCGGGAGUUCCCCCUGGACGUGUCGCACGACCUCGUCCGCCUCCUAGAGCGCGUCGACGGCGGCGACGCGGUGGACGUGGGCGGCAUUCCGGACCGCGCGCUCAAGAAGCUUCUCGGAAGCAUCUUCGGCGCGCUGGGGAUAGAUUCAGAGGGCAAGAGCAGCAAGACGAGGCACCUGUACCAGCUGGCCAGCGCUGCGCCUCGCUGCCUGCCACGUGUCGUGCCGCUAGUGGCCAAGCUGCUGCAGAACCUGCCAGAUCCCGAUGCUGCUGCUGCUGGUGGUGAUGGUGGUGGGGGGGGAGAGGGGAGAGGCGAAGAGGAAGCGGAUGCAGAAGGGGUGGCGAUGGCGGGCGCGAGGGGACGAGGAGAGGAGUGGAGCGGGGACAUGGCAGAAGCUGCGAGGAAGAAGCGGUGCAUGGGUCCAGCCAUGCCCACAGCAGCGCAGAUGCAGGCAGCAGCCGCGCUCACGCGCGCCGUGGAGGAUAUGGAAGAGGCGGAGCAAGCGCUGGAAGACAGCCCCUUCGUGGGCCCCAUGCCGCCCGCUGUCAUAGCAGAGGCGGCCAAUGCGACGCAGGCAGAGAAAUACGAGGAGGUGGAGCGCAUACUGGACCCGGAGCUCAAUGCGUAUGCCAUCGUGGGAGUGACGGCUGCUGCUGGCGAUGGCGAGAUCAAGAAGCGCUACUGGAAGGCGUCCCUGCUGGUGCAUCCCGACAAGUGCAGCCAUCCGCGCGCGCAGGAGGCGUUUCUGCGGCUCAACGACGCGGUCAACCGCCUCAAGGACCCCACCAAGAGGUCGCUGGUGGAUGCGGAGAUUGCAGCAAGGGAAGAGAGGAGAGCCAUGGAGUCCGAGCUGAAGGCACUGAGAGAGGCCGCAGAGUGGCGCAAGCUCAGAGGCGAGGCCCUCCCAGGGGACGAUGAGCUUUUGGGGGUGGUGAGGAAGGGCGUGGAGCGAGAGACGUGGAUGACUGAGCUGCCGCCAGAGCGACAGGCGGGCCCGCCAGCUCAAACCAACACGUUUUUCAGUCGCAGUGACAAGGUGGGGCGUGGCGACACGUCAGCAUGGACUGACACCCCCGAGCAGAGGGCUUCCAGAGCCAAGCAGCAGUACCUUGAGGCCUAUUCGAGUGCCACCAAUGCCCUAGAGGGGCCGUCUGCUGACUCAGCAGCCGCCCUGCAGUCGCAACAGGACAAGUGCACGGCGGCACUAGUGGACAAGCUCGCCGCCCAGAAGCAAGCUGUUUCAUUGGUGGAGCAACACCGGAAGAAGCAGGGCGAGGAGAGCAAGAAAAAGGAGAAGGAAAAGAAGGGGAAGGGGGAGAAGGGGAAGGGGAAGGGGAAGGGGAAGGGGGAGAGUGAGGGAGGUGGAGGGGGGGAGAGGGGGUGGCGGAUGUGGGACAGGGAGAAGGACCUGGAGGUGAAGCCAAAGGCCAUGAAGUGGACCGCAGACGGCAUGGCCCAGGGGCUCUCGGGGCGUUUCUCGGGCAGCCAGUCGGGCAGCCGAAAGUUUCUAUAGGAGCAGAGGCUGGGGGCCUUAGACAUAAGAUUCAUUGGCACCUGACUGCAAGUUGGCAGGAGGUGAGCGACCAAGGGGAAGGGAGAGAAGGGAGAGGAGGGGAAGGGGUGGUGGAUGUGGGACAGGGAGAAGGACCUGGAGGUGAAGCCAAGGUGACGAAGUGGACGGCAGACGGCAUGGCGCAGGGGCUCUCUGGGCCGCUUCUCGGGCGGCCAGUCAGGGAGCCGUAAGUUCUUGUGGAACUCUUUUGCUGCGUGGCUUGGGUGAAUUGCGCAGAUUGGCAACUACAUUUCCAUUCUAUGUAAUGCUGGCUGAGCGUUGCACAAUACUUUCCCCCAAGGUACCGGUAUGGUGCCUAAGGGUACAUCCCUACAAGUCACGGUUCUGUGGUUCCAGUCAGGUUUCUGUAGCAGCUGCUGACUCAGCAGUCGCCCUAGCAGGCACAUGAAUUGCCCAUGGCAGCACAGGAGCAAUUGACAGUGGCAUCUACCGUAGGUGGCCCAAAUCGCCACGGUACAGGCUGGAACACCAGA